AUGACUCAAUCUCCAUUCGCUUUGUCGUCGCCCGAUUCCCGUUUUGCGUUCGGCGACUCGGCCUCAACUUACCCUCCCGUGCGCUCCCGUCUCCCCAUCCCGCCUCCCCCUCCCCACCCUUUUCCCCCUCUUUUCCCCUCCCUCCCCACUCCCUCUUCCCCGCUCUCCGCGCGAGCAGAACCUGCGCUGCGCGCCAUCGCGGACGCGUGGGGCCCGUACAUUCCGCUGGCGGACACGUGGUUCGUCGCCGCCGAUUGCGCGCAAUGGGACGGGCUCACGUGCAACGCCAUGGGCCAAGUCACCAGCUUGGUGAUCACGGACCGCGCAGGCCUCGCAGGCCAGACCAUUCCCGACGCCGUCGCGCAGCUCUUCGCGCUCGACACUCUGAGUUUGGACCACAACCUUCUCGCGGGCUCUAUUCCUUCCUCCAUCGACUAUCUCUCCGCGCUCACCAACCUGUCACUGAGCGGCAACUUUCUGCAAGGUUCCAUCCCCCCGGGCGUGUUCAACCUCGUCAAUCUCCGCGUGCUCGAUCUGAGCACCAACGCGCUCUCCGGACCCCUCCCCGACAGCUUCAACCAGCUGAAUCUCCUCUCCACGCUAUCUCUGGAAGCCAACCAGCUAUCGGGUCCCCUGCCCCGCAGCAUCUACUCUCUCCCCAACCUGCAACACCUCCUACUAGGAGGCAACAGCUUCUCGGGUACCAUAUCCGUCGCCAUUGCCAACCUUCGCUCGCUCCUCGCACUUGACCUCAGCCGCAACUUCUUCUACGGGCGUCUCCCGAACGUGCUAGGCUCGCUGCCAAACCUCCUCUUCCUGGACGUCAGCAACAACCAGCUCUCAGGCACCCCCAUCUUCUCCUUCGUCUCGCCAUCCAUGGCCGACCAAGCACAGGCCACCUACGACCUCUCGGGAAACUACUUCAUCACGCCUCCCGCCGCGUAUAUUGCGGGCGAUUCCGAGUUCUGCCCGGCCACGCUCAAGGGAGGGUACGGCGAGGCGAAUCUCGUGGUGUUCGGCGCGUCGUUUUACGGGAGCCAGAAGGGCAACUGCUUUCUCGGAGGGUACUGGAACAAGUCGGAGAGUUACACGGACUCUCUGUCGCAGAGCAACUGGCGUGGGUCGAAGCGCGGAGGCGGAGGCCGGUGGGCGAACCGCGUUGGCGGCGACAGUGGUCUCGUACCCGUCCUGCAUGCCGUACCCGGUGGCGUCUUCCGGCCCUUCCCCUACGGGAUCCUGGGACAACACGAGCCUGCGCAAGAGACGGUUCCGAGGGGCCCAGCUGGAUCAAACAGCGCUCGUCUCCGGCUCCUAUUUCAAUGCCUACUUCCGCUACGCCUCCCUCGGAUUCACCGGCAACGCCUCCUACCCCAAGUGGCAAAUCACCCCACGGUGGACUGGCGGGCGCGGGUGCCGGCGGCGCUACAGCCGGCCAAGGACCAGGGGCUGUGCUCGGCGUGUUGGAUUUUCGCACCGGUGGCGGCGGCGGAGGCGCUGUAUGCGAUUGUGUACGGCACAGCGGCGCCCAGCCUGGCGGAGCAGAAGGCCAUCGACUGCCAGGGCACCUGGACCUGCGCGGGCGGCCGACCAGACGACGCCUUCAACUACAUCGCCGCCUCGGGAGGGCUCCCUUCCACCGCCUCGUACCCUUACACCGGCAUGCCCAGCUCGGACCAAUGCAAGGUCCUGAGACGGUCUCUGUUCUCUCCUGAUGACAGCGCCCCUGCUGCUGACGCCACGUCUUCUCACCUUGCCCGUCGUCUGCGCGCGGGAUGGGGCUCCAGCCUGUUCUGGGGCAGAGGGUCGGAUGGAAGCUACUCCAUGCCCAGUGAACCCUACCCGAUUGCCAUGUUCGAGCAAGUGCAGAUCCGCGGGUGGAUGGGGAUUGCCAUUGCAGUGCAGGCUCAGCCUGUGGUGGUGUAUGUGGAGGCUCGGUCCGACUCUUUCAUCAAGUUUGUCGGGGGAUUUGUGUACAACGAUCCUGAUUGCUUCUCCACUCAAGUCGUGGACCAUCUGGUGGUGGUGGUGGGGUUCAACCUGCUGGACGCCACGCCCCACUGGAUCAUCCGCAACUCAUGGGGCCCGACGUGGGGCGAGAACGGCUACAUGAAAAUCGCCAUUGCCGGCGGCCCGGGCAUCUGCGGCAUGAACACGCUGCCGGCUCUCUACCCUGUCCUCUCAACACCGGACCCAUGCUCGCCCAUCAACCCGUGCGGCAGCGGCACGUGCACACCGCUCAAGCCGAAGCAGAAUGGCGGCAUGCGCAACAAGUGCACGUGCCCCUCGGGAUUCACCGCCGUCACCAACCUCGACAAGACACAGUCCUGCGCUGUUGCGAGUGUCUGCUCCUUCUCUGCACUCAACCCCUGCGGCUUCGGCACGUGCAUGGACGACAGCAAGGGCGGCUACUCGUGCCUCUGCUCGCCGGGCUACGUGCUUGGGCGUCGCACCGAUGCAUCUGUGACGUGCAUUCCUGGGAGCGUGAUGGUGAAGGUGACUCUGCAAGUGAACAUGACAUGCAACCAAGUCCGCUCCACCUUCCUUAUCUCCAACGAGGAGUUCUCCUCCCUCAAUCCCGGCAUUGAUUGUCCAGGAACCAUUCCCGCAGGCACCGUACUGGUCGUGCAGAACGCAAGUACAGCAGCCACAGGCUGUGUCGUGCCCUACACAAUCGUCGAUGGCGACACAUGCACGCUCGUAGCCAGCACCUUUGGGCUCACACUAGCAGAGCUUGCCACUGUCAACCCAGGCCUCAACUGUGACUUGCUCACUACGGGACAGCAGGUGUGCAUAAAGAUGGGUGCGCCGCUCCCUCAAACGUGCCUCAACUCGUACACAGUCAACCCCGGGGAGACGUGCAACGACGUCAUGCUCAACACGUACCCGCCCAUCUCAGCCACGCAGCUCUACCAGUACAACCCUGGCCUCAUCUGCUCUGCUGACGGCUCGCAACGCCUCGUUGGCCAAGAGCUCUGUGUGAACUCAGCACCUAUUGUCGGAGCAUCGUGCACAUACGGAACGUAUACAGUGGUCAUGGGAGACACGUGCGGCGGCAUCAUUUGCAAGAUCUGCAAGUGCAAUAGCUCGGCUUUCAACAAGUAUAACUACCCUACGUGUGCACGUCCGGGAGUCUCUACGUAG